CCGUGGCCGGCGAAUUCCGUCGCCAUUGUCCUUCCAGUCGCGUAGACGGUACGCGCGCGGCAGAGAAAUCGGACGGGGCUGUCAGAACUCGGAGAAUAGUAUCGCGAAGAAAGUGAUAAGAAAAAGGACGACGAUUCCUCGGGGUGAGCGUAGUGCGACGGAAGUAUUAAUUGCACGAUCGUCGCUAUUUAUUUGGUUUCCCAUCCUCUCGCAUCACAGAAAAUUGCCAUGACGGUCAGAGUGUGUACGCGCGUUAUUAUGCUUGUCAUCGUUAUAUCUGCAUCCAAUUUCAUCGCCGAGGCUGACUCCAGCAUAGAUCAUCUCGAGGAGUGGGUUGUCAGAAUACCAGGUGGAUUAGAAGUAGCGUCGUUAUUAGCCGCUCAGUCCGGUUACAAACACCAUGGUCCGGUUCGUGGAUUCAAAGACACUUACAUAUGGAUUAAGGAUAAUAAUCUGAGCCAAAAAAGAGGAAAUGUUCGCUUGACGAAGGCCCUUAAUGCAACCUCUAAGAUCAUUUGGGCAGAUCAACAGAAAAUCGUGAGACGACUUAAACGUGAUUACAUCUCAUUAGCUGAUUUGGAAUCUGAAAAACCCUUAACGCGAGAGAAACGUCUGCAAUUAAACGUAUACGAAGUUGCAUCAAAUGUUAUUAGCAACGAAAAUCGUGGUGUUUAUAAAAAAUCACGAAUAUUUAACGAUCCUCUUUGGGAUCAAGAAUGGUAUCUGCAAGACACGAGGACGAAUAGAGCUUUGCCGAAGCUCGACUUAAAUGUUCUACCUCUCUAUCGACUGGGGAUAACUGGUUAUGGAGUAAGGAUUGCUGUUCUCGACGAUGGUUUAGAAUACACCCAUGAUGACCUGCGACACAACUAUGAUGCAGCUAUUAGUUAUGACAUAAACGAAGACGAUAAUGAUCCUUUUCCAAGAUACGAUGCAUCAGGGAUGAACGGUCACGGCACCAGGUGUGCCGGCGAAAUAGCUAUGGAAGCCGACAACCAAAAGUGUGGCGUCGGUGUCGCUUUCGAAGCCUCCAUCGGUGGCAUCAAGCUCCUCGAUGGUGUGGUGAACGACCGUGUGGAAGGUGAAGCUCUAGGAUACGGAUACAAACUUAUUGACAUCUACACGGCUUCCUGGGGACCAGCGGACGAUGGAAAAAGUUUGGAGGCACCUGGCAGACUCGCUAUCGAAGCGCUCGAACGUGGCGUAAUGGAGGGUCGUGAAGGCAAAGGUAACAUUUAUGUGUGGGCUUCUGGGAAUGGUGGCUCCAAAUCGGACGACUGCGGAUGUGAUGGAUACGUCGGAAGUAUAUACACCGUGGCUGUCGGAUCAGCCAGUCAAACCGGAAGAUUUCCUUGGUACGGAGAGAGAUGUCCUGCUACUCUCGCCACGACGUACAGCAGCGGCGCGUAUUACGAUCAGAUGAUAGCAACAACGGAUUUACGAAACACCUGUACGACUAGGCACACAGGUACUUCAGCUUCCGCCCCAUUAGCCGCCGGAAUAUUGGCUCUCGCGCUGCAAGUAAAUAACAACUUAACGUGGAGGGACAUUCAGCAUUUGAUAACUUGGUCAUCAGAGUAUAGUCCUCUCAGCGAAAAUCCGGGCUGGUUUAAAAAUGCAGCUGGAUUUUGGUUCAAUUCUCGCUUUGGUUUUGGACUUAUGAACGCGUAUGCGCUGGUAAUAACGAGCUACAACUGGACGACAGUGCCAGAGAAGACUAUUUGCAAAGUAGAUAACGCAUACAUCGCCGAUAUCAGACUGACUUAUGGAAAUUCAAAGAAACUGCAAUUCGAUGCCGGUAACGUUUGCCGGACAUCAGGGAGCGAAAUAAUCUUUUUGGAGCACGUGGAAGUCGAAGCGAAUCUCGAGUAUUCCCGUCGCGGCGCGCUACAGAUGUAUCUGACUGCGCCUUCAGGGACCUCAAUCCAGAUUCUAAGUCCAAGGAAGCUGGAUAAUUCUGAUGCUGGUUUUACGAAGUGGAAAUUCAUGUCCGUUGCGACAUGGGGUGAAGAUCCUCGAGGAACAUGGAUCUUAGACAUACUUGACGAAAUAGGACCAGAGCAGAAUAAUGGUACAAUUGGAACAUUUACGUUGAUUCUGCAUGGUACUGUGCAAGUUCCCGUUUAUCGCCGAAAUGGACCAAGAAUCUACAACGAAGACUAUAAUCGAAUACGUAAAACCUAUGAUGCGAUGAAAUCAGUAAAUUCCAUACAGAAUGAAUUUGAUGAAGCGUAUCAUCGCUAAAAAUGAAUGAUAUCUGGCUAUAAGCAGUGAUUGAAUAAACUAAGAUAUGUUAUAAUUAACUAGUUAUAUCAUCAAACAUUUAAAUAAA